UAUUACUCCUACUGAAAGUUCCAUAAGUGCAUCUCGUUCGUCAUCUGGCCCCUCCCCUAUUUCAUCUCUAUGAUCAAAGAGCAUAUAAUCACUACGUUUUAUCUAUGAUUUUCACCACUACGGCAAGUUGGCAGCCCAAAGCUGUCACUUUGACAUUUCGUAUCAACGUUUCGUUUCGUUCGUCACUAGCUCAUGUCAUUGCAUUGAUGUCAUUUGUCAUUUUCGACUUGCUAUGGUAUCGCGAUCUGGGUUACGGAAAUGUGAAAUACUAGAUGAUAUACACAAUAUUAAACAAGGUUGCCUCGAAUAUUAUAUUUUGGGCGUGGAGAGAAACAUGUUAUGGAGGACAAUAUCACGCUCUGUAAGAAAACGCCAACCUGGCAGAACUGUGUACAUUGCCCCAAUCUUCUAUUCAGCACCACUACGGAAUUUGAAAGGCACAUUCAAGACAAGCACAGUAUUAAGGAAGGUUCCAUUAUCUUAUGUCAAUAUGGACCUAAUGGGAUUUGUGCCUCGCUGCAGUUUGGAGAUUUACGGAAGGCAGGAUUCAAGUAUCACGUAAGGGAGUACCACCUGUUCGCCAAGGAUGAUGCAGAAGCUAACUGGACAUUCUAUUCAUCAUCUCAAAACCUCCCUGCAGUAUUAAAUGAUCCUAACAGAGGAAAGCAGAGUAAUUUUUUUACGAAAAUAUGGGGAGACGGCUUUGUGGAUAAAGUAGAUAUACAGCCUAGUCCUUAUCUGCCAGAAAUUACAUUAUUACAUUUUGAGGCAUAUUGUAAAAGAAUUGUCAGGCGGCACAGAAGACAUUGCAAACUUAAAGAAAACCUAGCUGUUAAAGUUAAAACCCCUGUAGUUGAAACGAAUUGUGAGGUUCCAGAGAUAUUCUAUGAACAGACAUUUGAGUUACAUGAUCCAAAUGUGUUUAGCAAAGUUUUUCCAAACCUUGUGGAUUCUCAAGACCCAAGUGCGGCUGUUCGCUCCUUGCAAGAGACACUCAGUACAUACCUGGAUUUUAUAGAGAUGAAGAUUUCAAAGCAAGUUGCACAGAAAUCUGAUGCAUUUUUCCAUGCUAUGCUGUCACAUGACACUAUUAUGGAGCAAAUGGCACGGGCAGUGAAGACUGUGCGGUCAACCCGUAACAAUAUUCAUGCAGUGAAGAGCAAUCUAACUGAAAAUCCAUUAAAACUGGUUAGCCUCACAAGAAUAAAUCAAAACUUAAAUAAUGUGCAUGAAUUACUGAAGCUUAUAGGCACAGUCCAGCAAACCCAACCCAUGAUCCAGCUCCUCUUGAGUACUUCAGACUAUGUAGCCGCCUUAGACUUGAUCAGUUCCACACAAAAAGUGCUUUCCACUCAACUUGCGAGGAUUCAGGCAUUCCGACAUUUGUCAUCGCAGUUGACUGAAAUGAAAAGAUUAAUUCAUAAAAUGUUAAGCAAUGAAUUCCAAAGAUUUAUAGUGACAGAUUUAAAUAGGCCCCCAAAGGACCUCACAGACAUACCAGAAAGAGAUAAAAUAGUGUCUAUAGUUUCUGGGAUACUAAGAUUAAAAGAAUUUGACUUUAUAGAGACUUUUAAAAUGGAGGCUAUGACCACAAUUCAGGCGACAAUCAAGCAAUGUGUAAUAGAGAUAGUAUCUGAAAGAGAUGGCAACACAGAGGUAGUUCUAAGAGGAUCUAAUGCAGACAACACAUGGUUAAUGUGCAAUGAAAGUAUUGUAUUUCUCCAAAAAGUGACUCCAAACUUAAUUACACUAUUUAAAAGGAUUUUGUGUUUAAGAGAUUUAGUAUUAGAAAUCAGCCAAAUGGAUGAUGUGACUGGUAAUGAGAGUGAAGAAAUGUGGACCCAUGAAGAGCUGUUAUCAGUAGAAGAAAAGUUGGACAAAAUGAUUGUUUCAUUAUCAGACUACAGCAAUGAGAGAUGUGCCAAUCUCAUUGUCACCAAAUCUGACAAGGACUUUGUGUUCUCAGAUUUGACUCAGUUGUCCAAAUUGUCAAUGCUAAUUGAGAAUUUUUCAGAUGAUUUGGAGAAAAUGACUGGCCACAACAGCAAUUCAAUGAAGUUGGCACUGAGAAGCUUUGCUAUGAAAUAUGUUCAAAAUUUACAUUCGGACAGAAGAAGUCAACUGACAAUUACACUGAAUGCUGAGCGAUGGAAAAGCGCUGAUGUCCCUGUUGAACUUCAACAGUUGAUUGACAAGAUAUCUAAUUCUAACGAUAUUUCUACAAAUCUAUAUGAAUCUAUUAAAUCUGAUGGAAAAUUCUUAGUUAUAAAUAAAGAAAAUUAUGCAGUUGUAGGCACUGUGCAGCUAUUGAUUAAAAUCCUUCUGGAAUACUGUGAUGCGACGAAGCAGUCUCCAGUCAUCGUCCAGUACUUGAUCCAUUGCAUGUUGGAGUUGACUAGACUGUUCAACUCCCGCUGCUGUCAGCUGGUGUUGGGGGCGGGUGCAAUACAGAGUGCCGGGCUGAAAACAAUCUCCACUUCAAACUUAGCUUUAGUCUCCAGGUCACUGCAGGUCUUACUGUGGCUCCUGCCGAUAAUCAAAGAACAGCUUAGCCAAUUACAAUCAAAAGAGGUGUCAAUGACUGGCUUCGAUAGUAUUCAGAAUGAUAUUGUUAGCCAUAAGCAAGAAAUAGAAAAUAAGAUAUGCCUCAUAGUUAGUAACAUGCUGUGCUCGCAGCUGACCGGCUGGGACGCUAAACCUCCAGUUCCUUCACAGACAUUCCGAAAUAUUUCUAAACACUUAGUUAAAUUGCAUGAAGCGUUGAUAGAUAUAUUGCCAAUUGAACAAAUAAGAAACAUUUAUAAAAGGGUACAUGAUAAUUUUAAGGAUAAACUGAGAGAGCAGUUAGCGAAGAUGAAUAUUGUAGCAAAUGGCAGUCCGCAGCACGGCGUGGUGACCUCCGAGCUGACCUUCUACCUGCAGACCCUCAAGACACUGCGGGUCAUCAACGAAAACGAUGUUGAAGACAAUAUUUUGUACGAUAUUUGGCUAAACUGAAUGUUAACUGUAUUGAUAAAAUUGAAUUUAUUGAGAGAAAUGCGAAAAUGUAUUAGCAGCUUGGUUAUUUAAAAUGUAUUUAUAAAUAAAUUUAUUAUUAGCAAGCUAGCCAAAAUCGAGAAUUCCUUUGUAUCCAAAAUGUCUACCCAAUUGUAGUCAAAUCUAGAAUAAUUAAGGAAACGGAUAGUUACUGAUGAAUAGGGAGAACGGAUUAUUCUCAAAUAUUGCAGAUCUUUCUUUUCUCAACUCAAUUAUGAUUUUAAAUCAAAUAUUAUUUUAAUGCAAUAACGCUAUUAUGUAUGUACACUGCUUGAUGUUUAUUUUAAUUAUUACUAAACUCUAAAUAAUCCAGUGAUAGAUGUAUACUUAAGUACUUAUAAUAGAGUACAACGGUGCUAUAAUACACGUAAUACCUACCUACACAGACUAAUGCCGUUAACAAUAUUGUAAUCCUAUAACUUUCGCACUAAUCUGCCUCACCAUACGUACGUAAUACAGUCGCCAUCAGAUAUAUCGAAGCGGCCGAGGUGCUCAAAAAUAUCUGAACACGCACUCAAACGUCUUUGUAAUAGAAGCGUGUUGAGAUAUUUGUGAGCACUGUGCCCGCUCCGAUAUAUCUGAUGGCAUGUACAUAUAAUAACACCACAGCCACGAAACGGACGGGAUGCUCGGCGAUCACGCCAACCGUCAUACAUUAAUUAAAAAAGAGAUGUAUCAGAUCAUAUAUGUAACAGCCAUUGGAAGACCAGUUUGAAUUUGUAAUAUAUUGCACAAAAAUACGUUAGAUAAUUGAAUACGUUUUGGUACUAGUCGUAAACUCCGAUGAGCUGAAUGAUAUGUCGCGCCCUCAUACUAAAUUAGUAAGUAUAGAAGCCCCACUCCAUUUUGACUUUCUGGAAAGUUUGGUGCCUGUAUUCAACUGCAGUUAAAAUGACUAAUUUAUGUUUAUUGUUUAAAUAGUAUUUUACAGCUUGUUCCAUCGACAUAGUUACAAAAUAUACAAAUAAUUGUGACCUUAA